UGGCAGGGCCAGGCUGGGACCAGCUGAGGGGUCCUGCGGGGCUUUGCUGCAGUGAGGAACCCGUCUGUGGGGCAGGAGCGAGUCCUCCCUCUGUGGGGGUUGAAGGGGCUGUGCUGGCACUCGGCCCCUUAAGGAGCCCGGGCUGUGGCUGCCGGGAAAGCCUCCGUGCCGGGGUGAUCCGGGGCUGUGCCGCGGACGGUCGGGUCCCCGGGCCCGUGACGUGCUCAGAGCCCCGCCCGCCCGCAGAGCCGGCCCGGGGGUGUCCGGGGGUCUGCGGACACACCCGCGUCCCCCGGCCCGAGGGGCAGGGGCAGAGCUGCCGCCAUCCCGCAGCCGCUCCCGCGGGGCUCCGGUACCGGCCCCGCGCUCGUUACCGGCGGCGCGGGGCGCGCGCGGGGCGGCGCGGGGCGGGGGCGGUCGCGGCCGUGGACGCGCCGCCGCCCCCGCCGGUGCCGGAGCUCGGUCGGCGGCGGCAGCCGCGAUGUCCCGGGCGGGCGGCAGGACGCGGUCCCGGCGCGCGGGGGUGCGGGCGGCCGUGGUGCUGAUCGGGCUCCUGCACCGCUCCCGGCAGAGCAGCGAGAGAAGGAAACAGGAGCUGCUGAACAGCACGGAUGUGACGGCCCCGGAGCGGCCCCUGUCACCCCCCCUGACGGCCCCACCGACCAUGAAGUCAGCAGAAUUCUUCGAAAUGCUGGAAAAAAUGCAGGCACCAAAACUGGAAGAACAGAGGUCGGGAAGCCAAAAACACAAGGAAGACUACAUCCCAUACCCCAGCAUCGAUGAGAUCCUAGAGAAGGGUAGCCCAUACCCACUGAUCAUCCUGCCCCAGUUUGGGGGAUACUGGAUAGAAGACCCAGAAAACCUUGGCACGCCCACCUCAUCUGACAGCAGCAUCUGCGAGGAGGAGGAGGAAAACCUCAGCCCCAGCACCUAUGGCUACAAGCUGGAGUGCAAGGGAGAGGCCAGAGCCUACCGCAAACAUUUCCUGGGGAAGGAUCAUUUAAAUUUCUACUGUACAGCCAGCAGCCUUGGAAAUCUGAUCCUUUCUGUUAAAUGUGAGGAGACAGAUGGCACAGAAUAUUUAAGGGUUAUACUCAGGUCCAAAGUGAAGACAUUGCAUGAAAGGAUUCCGUUGGCAGGAUUCAGCAAACUUCCGAGUAUCCCCCAGAUUGCAAAGGCCUUCUGUGACGAUGCCUCUGGGCUGAAGUUCAACCCGGUUCUCUACCCCAAGGCAUCCCAGAUGAUAGUGUCUUAUGAUGAACAUGAGGUCAACAACACGUUCAAGUUCGGUGUGAUCUAUCAGAAGUUCAGGCAGACCCAAGAGGAGGAGCUGUUUGGCAAUAAUGAAGAGAGCACUGCCUUCAAGAACUUCCUAAGUUUUCUGGGAGACACCAUAACUCUCCAGGACUUCAAAGGUUUUCGAGGAGGCCUGGAUGUCAGCCACGGGCAGACGGGAGCAGAGUCUGUGUACACGGUGUUCAGGGACAGGGAGAUAAUGUUUCAUGUCUCUACAAAGCUGCCUUUUACCGAAGGAGACACACAACAACUCCAGAGGAAGAGGCACAUUGGCAAUGACAUCGUGGCAAUUAUCUUCCAAGAGGAGAACACGCCGUUUGUCCCAGACAUGAUUGCCUCCAACUUCCUGCACGCCUACAUUGUGGUGCAGGUGGAAAACCCUGAGGCAGAUAACACAACAUACAAGGUAUCAGUCACAGCCCGGGAAGACGUUCCCUCCUUUGGCCCGCCCCUGCCAAGCCCACCGGUGUUCCAGAAGAGCCCCGAGUUCCGGGAGUUCCUGCUGACCAAGCUCAUCAAUGCUGAGAACGCCUGCUGCAAGUCUGACAAGUUUGCAAAGCUGGAGGACCGGACACGGGCUGCCCUGUUGGACAACCUUCACGAUGAGCUCCACGGGCACACACAGACCAUGCUGGGGCUGGGGCCCGAGGAGGACAGGCUGGAGAAUGGGGGUCAUGGAGGCUUUCUGGAGUCUUUCAAGAGAGCCAUCCGGGUGCGCAGCCACUCCAUGGAGACGAUGGUGGGCAGCCAGAAGAAGCACCACGGCGGUGGCAUCCCAGGCAGCCUCAGUGGGGGCAUUGCACACAACAGCGGCGAGGUGACCAAGACCACCUUCUCGCCCCCUGUCCCAGCUGCUGCUGCCAAGAACCAGUCCAGGAGCCCCAUCAAGCGCCGGUCAGGGCUGUUCCCUCGCCUGCACACAACAUCGGAGAGCCAGGCAGAGAGCAGGACAAGGUGUGACAGUGUUUCUGGAGCCCAGAAGACACCAGAUUUGGGACAUUCUUCCCAAGAGAUGAAAUCUGAAACCUCAUCCAACCCCAGCUCCCCUGAAAUAUGCCCCAACAAAGACAGGCCUUUUAUCAAACUGAAAGAGAACGGGCGGUCGAACAUCUCCCGUUCCUCCUCCAGCACCAGCAGCUUCAGCAGCACGGCGGGGGAGAGCGAGACCCUGGAGGAGUACGACAGCGUGGGAAGCCAGCCCUCCACCGCGUCACCCUUCAAGCAGGACGUGUUUGUGUACAGCGCCUCACCCGGCAGUGAGAGCCCCGGCGCGGGGGCCACGGCCACCCCUGUCAUCAUGAGCAGGAGCCCCACAGCAGAUCUAAAGAACAGAAACUCUCCACGGUCCAACCUGAAGUUUCGCUUUGACAAGCUCAGCCACGGCAGCUCCAGCAUGAGUCACUAGCAGGAGGAAGUAAUGACGUGUCACAGAAUGUUCCAACAAAGGAAAAAUCUUCAACACCCCAUGGGACCACGCACGCCCCAGCCAUGGGCAGCGGGGGGCCCUCCCCUGCUGGCUGCCCACUACCACAGAAAAGAGCUCCCACCUUGCUACAGUCCUGUCCUGACAGGGACCAGCCACCUUCUCACCUGGUGUCCCCUGUCCAGCACACGCCCUGCGCCCCCUGCUCUGUGUGCAGGAGGGGACUGCGCUGUGGCCAGGCCAUGUCCCCUUCUGGUGCUCUGCUGGGUCAUCCUGUGCUUGCCCACAUGUGCUGCAGCUGGUGGGCAUCGUCCAUUCCCCCUGUUCCUGGGUUGCCUGGCAGCUCCUUUUGGGCAGAGGGGCAGCAGGAGAGACCCCUGCAUAGUUUAGGUCACUCCAUGCUUUAUUUGCAGCUAUCAGUGGGGAAACAGGAGUUUAUGUUUGUUUUUUGAAGGGUGGGAUGUCAGGCCAAAGUUUGGUGUUAGUGGCUCUGGGGGGGUCCUGGGCAGCUCUCUCAGAGUGGGAUCUGCAGUGUCUCUCCAGCCAUCCCUCAGCUCCUACCUACACCCCAAAACUCUUGGGGCAGAGGCAGCCCCUCACUCCAAACUUACUCAGUUUCUUGCACAAGAGGGAGGUGAGUGACUUGGCCCAGGGAGUGGAGCUGGGGACUGCAGCCAGCUCAUCCUCCUUGGCAGGUUUGUCCCUGCGUGACACUGAGCACAGGCCUGGGAAAGGUGACCCAAAGCUGAAGCCGUGGUGUAUCACAGCUUUAGCUUUUCUAAGUACUAGAACUGGAACCAGAGGGGAUUUACCUGGUGGGCUCUGCUUUGCCCUGUGGCUUGGAUCACCAAGCAAGCAAAUGCAUAAAACUCCAGUGAUUUGUGAGGCAUUAGCCUGCUCCAGCCCUUGCAGAGUCUGUCCUGCUGCUUUUGAGCAAGUUCUUGCUAUUCUGAAAGGAUUAUAGAUUCUGCAAGGUAACUUUCCCAUAAUACCUUUUCCCAGAAAAUACCUCUCUCAAAAUGCCAAGAAAUCCUUUUGCUCCUUUUUGGAACUUCAUGUGAAGUUUCCUUAAGCCUGUCCAUAAAUUUCACAUUGCUCAUAGAUUUCCCUUACCCAUUUAUUGGAAGACAGGCCAUGAUGCUGCAGAGAUAUUCCCCCCUGUGCCCUCAGCCUGUGACUUUUGGAAACCCUCAUGAAAUCAGGUUCUCAGUCUCAAGUGAACACAGUUCUCUGAGUUUGUGAUUCCUACUGAAAACAAGAGUUCGGGUGCCCAAGUCACCUUCACCCAGGGGGUGCUCCAAGAGGUACAAAGUACCUGACAGCCAGUUUCAGGAGGUGGGUGCAGAACUGUGCUCCUGGAGCAGCCCUGGGCAGCUGCCGUGGCUGUGGCUGCUCCUGCUCCCCUCUCUCUGGGGCAAGUGCUUAUAGGAUUCUACCCUCACCUCCCCUCCUCCCUGUCAUCUCCCGGGGCCAGAGACAAGCCAAGCCUUGCAGAACCUGCUCUGCUCACCGUGGUCCCGCAGGGAGGUGCUCUCUAUGAUCCGGUUCACAUAGGUGCUCUGCUCAUGCUGUAAUUAAUCCAUGUGGGAAGGCUGUAGCUAUGAUGGGAGGGGGACCAGGUUAAAGGAGAGCAGUUGUGAAGAGGCAGGGAACAGUUUCACUGGCCCUAGGUGCUGUGUAGGACUAGUAAAUAUCAGUAACUCCCACGGGGACGCUCCCUCCUGCUCCCAGCCAGUUGCAAUUCAAUAGAGUUUAAGCCUUGAUUUUCCUAUGGAAGAGGAGCAUGCAGUGUGCUCAGCCCAGCCUGUAGCGGUGUCUCAGGAUCACACACUUUGCUGUUGAGCACUUGUCUGAUGAUGCUUCAGUAGCACUUUCAAAACUACCCCCAAUUCCCCUCUUAGAAGCUUUGGUCUGAUUUCCUGAGGCUGCACAGUGAAACACUGACUGGUGCAAUGACUUGCUCCCAGGGUCUGCUCUGGGUUUGUUUUUUUGUCUGAGAAGCCACUUGGUUCUGUAGAUGUUGUUAUUCCUAUGGGUGUUGAUCUCUGUGAGAUCUUUCAGCAGACAAUGCAGUGGCUACUGUCAGCUGGUUUGCCAUUUUUGGUUGUUUUGUUGCUUUUUUCUCAUUUUUUCACUUGAAACUGUGGCUUUCCUUUUUGACCUAGAUUGAUUUGGGAAUUAUUCAGAUGGGGCUAACAGGCAGAACUGUGUGAAGCCUCAGGGGCAGUUGCAGUGUUCUGGACUUGUCUCUCCUGCGCCGGCCCUCCGGAGCAGCAGUGGGGCCGGGGGCUGGGGUCUGGCACGAGGUUUGCCAGCAGCUCCUGCCAGACAUUUCCAGCAGCACUCCUAAAACCUGCUGUAGGUCCUUAGCAGCAGCUGGGUUUGGAUGCUGCGGUCCCGGCCAGGCUCCUGCUGCCCGCAGCUGCCUGCGCUGGCCUGCCCCUCCCAUCCCGGAGUGUCCUGGAUUGUCCUGGGCGGUUCUGGGGCUGAGCAGUGUUUGUGUUGCAUCCCGGGGACUUCUGCACUUCCAGCAAGUGGGUGAAGGUGUUCCUGUAUAUAUUUUGCAAAAUGUUUUGUGCUUAUAAGUGACACAUAUCUAUACAUGAAAAAAAGGGAGAUAUAAAUAUAUAUAUGUAUAAUAUAUAUAUAUUUAUAUAUAUAAAGGAAAGGAUCCUUAACUGACACUAGAAUUACUGGGCAGUGCAUUUUCCUUUCUGAUUCCACUCUUUCCUUGCACACAACGUCUGCCCUCCUCAGAAGUGACAUUGCAGAGGGAGCAGAGGGGGCUCAGAAAUGCCUUAGGGGGGUGAUGGGGAAACCCCCUCUGUGUCAAGAGUCUCUGUUGCUGGGGGCUGCUUCCCUUCUUGCCGGGUUUUCGGUCCCCGCUUGCUCCUGCUGCAGCCCCUUGGCUCGGACCAGCCCCUGGGCUGGGUGCCAGGCCGUGGCAGCUCGGGUGCAGCUCCACAUCUGGUGCCGCUGGCUCCGAGUGCUUGUGCAGAGCGGGCUGGGACCCCUUCCCCUCCACCAGCAUCGCCUCCAUCAGGGGCUGGUGUGCAGCUGCCACGGGCUGGCAGAGAGCUGCUGCUCUGGCGGGGCUUCCCUUCAGGAAAGCACUUGGCACGAACUUGCAUCGUCUUGAAACCCCACAGAGCCAAAGCACAACACGGAAGUGCUUUUUUUUUUUUUUUUUUUUUGAGGGAAGCAGGAGACCCUAAGCACAAACUCAGUUUCUUUCCAGAGUUUUGAGGGUCUUCAAUAAUGGCAGGUAAGGGGCCAAGAGAUGUUUUUGCCACAAAGGGGCUGUGCCUGGGCUGUGACCUCUCGGCUGCGGGAGGUGCUCGGUGCCCGUACCGCCCCCAAAGCCAGGGCAGAGCCCGGCACCUCUGCAGGUCCCACCUGCGCUCCCGCUGCUCCGCCGCCGCUGCAGCCUCUGCCCCCCGCAUGCUCUCAUCGCCUUCAAUGAAUGUAGCACUGCGUAUGUCCUGCCAGGGGAAAUGCUGGAUUUAUAUCACAGAAUGUGAAGAGAGUUUAAGAGUGAAAAUAAAUAUUGAAGAAAUGUAUCUGACAAAGUUUAUUUUUGAUGUAGAGAGGCAGUGCUUUGUAGUUUCUGGUGACCUAUGUCUGUUGUAAAUAAUGUAUAUUUAAUUUAUUGCUAUGGUAGCAGAUUGUUAUGUAUAAAACUAAAAGUUCACAAAUGUAUAUUUUGUUGCUUAAAUGUGUCUUUGCAAAAUUCACAAUAAAUAACAUAUUUUGUGUCCAUA